AUGGUCUCGACCGGCCUCGCGCUCGCCGCCUGCAUCGUGCCGCCGGCCUGCGUCUUCGUCGUCGUCGUGUGGACCACGAUCAUCUACUGGCGCCUCAAGCGGCUCGCCCGGCCGCACAAGAGCACCGCCGCGCCGCCUGCACCGCUCGCCUCGCCCCUCGAGACGGUCGAGCUCCACCCGGCCCUCGUCCUCCCCCAGCCUCGCUUCCCUCCCGACACACACCCUCCCUUCUGCACCACAUCGACUGCAGCCAUACUCCGCACCGACCUGUUCGCCUCGCUCCCCUCGCCGCGCCCUCCACCGCCGCCCGAGCCCCGGUUCUCGAUCCGGACCACGUUCGCGCGCGACGGCUCGAGGGUCCUCGCGCGCCCAGCGCCGAGCGUUGCAGGGCAGGGCGAAGGUCGGCAGACGGGCGACGGCAACGGCGAGGCGUCGGCGAGACCGGCGAGGACGAGGAGGGACCGCGGGCAGUUUGGAAUCGGGAGCGGCGACGACGACGAGCGGUGGGAGCUCGUCCAGGGCGGCCAUCGGGCCCCUCUCGACGGCGACGACGAUCGAGCGGGCCCCGUCGUCAACGUCGACGGCGAGGCGACCGUCACGCCGAGGCGGCGCGCGGGCCUCACCCGCCGUAGCUCGACCUGGUCGGCCCGCGACCUCGAGGGCGUCUUCCUCGGGCCCUCGGCCACGUCGCGCAGCCCCACGUCGCACUUGAACUUGCCGCACGCUCACGCAGCGAGCCUGUCGCCGAGCCGAGGCGGGCCGAGGCCGCUCCCGCCGGGCGCACGGCACGAGUCGUCGACGAGGACGAGCGGCGACGAGCGCGGGACGAGCGAGACGAGCGGCGAGGCGGGAUUGACGCCGAUGAGCUCGCAGGAGAGCGGCGGGCCGCUCCUGGGGCGGCAGGGCGGGAGUGACAGGCGGCACGAGUGGGCCGAGCGGAACUGGGGAGGUCAAGUCGAGUACGUGUCGACACAUGCGCCGACGAGCUCGACACGCGGCAACGGCGUCGAGGCGCUCCCGACGACCGCGCACGCCCACUCGCCAUCCGACUUGAGCAUUUUGUCGCUCAACUCGUUCUUCUUCGGCACUACCUCGGCACCACUUCCACCAGGCUCGGCCUCUGGCUCGUCAGCCGGGCACGGGCAGCGCCGCCAAUCGACCUGGAGCACGUCGACGUACGAGGCCGUCUUUACCGACCUCCCGACUCGCUCUCGCCCGGUGCGAGCGUCGAUCGCCUUCCAGUCGCGUCAUGCACCACCCGCACCUCCACCCAUCGACGUGCGCUCGCUACCCGAGCGACACAUCUCGCACGCCGUCGCCCUCACCGACGCGCCGCCCGCUUUGACCCACGCCGCCACGUCCCCCGCCGCGUUCGAGCCGUACAGCAAGCGACCGGUCGGCGCCACAACGAGGUCGAGCACGCUCCCUCCUCGAUCUACCGACCCGCACGAGCACCCUUCCUCGCCGGGGAACGCCCCGCCGUCCUCUCACCACCCAUCACCACCUCUUCCUCCUCCCUCGCACGACUGGCUCCCGUCGGCCCACCUCUCGCGCCUUGACGCUCGCCGCGAGCGCUCGGCAAUCCUCGCCGCUCGACGCCCCGUCAGCUGGCUCGGGCGCCAGGGCAGCAACGGGUCGCUGCCCGAGUCGGUCCCUGCGUUCGGCAACCUCGAGAUCGUCAACCCGGACAUCGACGCGCUCAACGCGCCAGCAGCGCCCGGCUCGGCUCGCUGA